CCACCUGCACGUGGGUCUGGGGGAGAGGUGGGGAAGCUAAAAUAGAGGGACUGGGAGGGUCUGCCCACAGUGCCCUUCCCAGUUCCCAGAGGACAACUUCCAUGCUGGGAGCAAGUUUGCUCUAUGUUGGACUCUAAGGUUUUACAUUCAACAAUUCUGAGUUUUUCAGACAAGGCACGUAGGGGCUAAUUGUCCAAGGUCACUCACAUAGUACAUGGGGAAACUGGGAUUUGAACCAAGGCAGUCUGGCCAUGGCUGAGGCGCAGAGAGGGGUGGUGAAUGGCCCAGGGUAACACAGUCACAACCCCAGAGCUAGGAGCUGCUGGCUCCCUUCUGGCACUUGACUCCUAGCCAACUGGGGGGCGGAGCAGAGGUGGAGCUAGGGAGACCCAGGUGGCCUCUCUGAAAACCAGACUACAGGCGGCAGAGUGGCCUGGAGCAGCAUGAAGCAGAGCUGGGGACCAGAGCUGCUCAUCCUGGGAGCAGUGGUUCUCAUGGAGGGUCUUCAAGCAGCUCAGCACGUAUGUGGGCAGCGUGGCCCUGGCCCCCCCGAGCCUCAGGAGGGCAUCACAGCACCUGGUGAGUGGCCCUGGCAAGCAAGUGUGAGGAGGCGGGGGGUCCACAUCUGCAGCGGAUCCCUAGUGGCAGAUACCUGGGUCCUCACUGCUGCCCACUGCUUUGAAAAGGCAGCAGUGACAGAACUGAACUCCUGGUCAGUUGUCCUGGGUUCUCUGCAACGUGAGGGGCUGAGCCCAGGGGCCGAGGAGGUGGGGGUGACCGCCCUGCAGCUGCCGAGGGCCUAUAACCACUACAGCCAAGGCUCAGACCUGGCCCUGCUCCGACUCGCCCACCCCAUGGCCCGCACACCCCUCUGCUUGCCUCAGUCUACCCAUCGCUUUCCUUUUGGGACCUCCUGCUGGGCUACUGGCUGGGAUCAGGACACCAAUGAUGCUCCCAGGACUCUACGGAAUCUGCGCCUGCGUCUAAUCAGCCGCCCCACGUGUAACUGUCUCUACAACCGGCUGCACCAGCGGCUGCUGGCCAGCCCAGCUCGGCCUGGGAUGCUGUGUGGGGGCGCCCAGCCUGGGGUGCAGGGGCCCUGUCAGGGAGAUUCUGGGGGCCCCGUGCUGUGCCGUGAGCCUGAUGGACAUUGGGUUCAGGCUGGGAUCAUCAGCUUUGCAUCAAGCUGUGCCCAAGAAGACACUCCUGUGCUGCUGACCAACAUGGCUGCUCACAGCUCCUGGCUUCAGGCUCGAGCUCAGGGGGCAGCCUUCCUGUCCCAGAACCCAGAGACCCCAGAGAUCAGUGAUGAGGACAGCUGUGUAGCCUGUGGAUCCUUGAGGAGAGGAGGUCCCCAGGCAGGAGCCCCCUCCCCAUGGCCCUGGGAUGCCAGGCUGAAGCACCAGGGGAAGCUGGCCUGUGGUGGAGCCCUGGUGUCAGAGGAGGUAGUGCUGACUGCUGCCCACUGCUUCAUUGGGCGCCAGACCCCAGAGGAAUGGAGCAUAGGGCUGGGGACCGGACCAGAGGAACGGGGCCUGAAGCAGCUCAUCCUACAUGGGGCUUAUACCCACCCAGAGGGGGGCUAUGAUGUGGCACUCCUGCUGCUGGCCCAACCUGUGACACUGGGCCCCAGCCUUCGGCCCCUCUGCCUGCCAUAUGCCGACCACCACCUGCCUGAUGGGGAACAUGGCUGGGUCCUGGGGCUGCCCCGUCAAGAAGCAGGUGCCAGCUCCCCUCAGACAGUGCCUGUGACCCUCUUGGGACCCAGGGCCUGCAGCCGGCUGCAUACAGCUCUUGGGAGCGACAGUAUCCCCAUUCUGCCAGGAAUGGUGUGUACCAGUGUUGUGGGUGAGCCGCCCCACUGUGAGGGCCUGUCCGGGGCACCACUGGUGCACGAGGUGAGGGGCACAUGGUUCCUGGCUGGGCUACACAGCUUUGGAGAUGCCUGCCAAGGCCCUGCAAGGCCUGCAGUCUUCGCGGCACUUCCCACCUAUGAGAACUGGGUCAGCAGUUUGGACUGGCAGGUCUAUUUUGCUGAGGAGCCAGAGCCCGAGGCAGAGACUGGAAGCUGCUUGGCUAACAUGAGCAAACCAGCUGGCUGUUGAGAGGUGGCUCUGGGAUGCUGCAGACGCAGUGAGACAAUUCCUGCAUCACUGCCCCUGUACCUCCCCCAUUCCCUCCACCCACGCAUGAUUCCAGGCACUGGGGCAGGCCCAGCAGCCCCGUGGGCUCUGGGAAGGAGCACGCCUGGACCAGCAACUGCCCUUACUCCCCACCCUGCAGGCCAGGGAGAUGUCGCCUGUGGAUGCUUCCCUACACCCAGCUCCGCCGUCAGAUGCAGGCGUCCCCAGCCUUCCCUAGUCUUCCCCCCUCAGAUAUGAUCACACCAGCCGCUUACUUUGAAAUUUUCUUUUUUGGGGGGGGAGCAAUUUUCCUUUUUUUUAAACUUAAAUAAAUUGUUACAAAAUAGA